UAUUUGAUGAGAGUCGAACUGAGCUGGUGCGCUGGGUCAAGAAUGGUUUACAAGAUGCUGUGUUUAACCGGGUCCGUGGUAAUGUUCAUUUCUGUGGGACUCUCCUCUCCUGUUCCAGACCAAUACUCCCGGGGUGUGGAUUGGCUGAGCCGGUAUGGGUACUUGUCCCCUCCAGACUCGCGCACAGGGAAACUUCAGACAAGGGAGGGCAUCGAGAAAGCACUUCGACAAAUGCAGAGAUUUGGAGGGCUGAAAGAAACAGGGAUAUUGGAUGAAGCAACCCUUGCUCUGAUGUCGACCCCUCGCUGUUCUCUCCCUGACAUCGUGGGACCGGAAGACAUGCUUAAAAGGAGGAGGAAGAAGAGAUAUGCUCUAUCAGGACUGCGCUGGGACAAGACUUACAUUACUUGGAGUCUCCACAGUUUACCCUCCUCAAAGUCCGAUGCACUCAGACUUGAGUUUGUGGAACCAAUUCUGGCGCAAGCUUUUAAAGUAUGGAGUGAUGUCACCCCACUGCACUUCCAUCUUAUCCAUGGAGGAGGCACAGAAGGGGGAGGAGACAUCAGGGUGUCCUUUUCUCAGUCUUUUCAUGAUGAUGGGUACCCCUUUGAUGGCAAAGGAGGGACCCUUGCCCAUGCAUUCUUCCCUGGCAGUGCUGAUAUUUCAGGAGACACACAUUUUGAUGAUGAAGAAAUCUGGAGCUAUGGAGAUGACAGUGACGGCACAGACCUCUUCACAGUAGCUGUCCAUGAGUUUGGCCAUGCCCUAGGCCUCUCUCAUUCCUCUUCUGACCCCUCCAUCAUGCGGCCCUAUUACCAAGGUGCAGUAGGGAACAUGCAAACCUACAACCUUCCCACAGAUGACAGACUGGGCAUCCAGACACUGUAUGGUACAAAAGAAGGCUCAGUCACACCUCAGCCAGGUGGUCCCACGACUCGUCAUCCAUACCUGCCCAGUCCCCCUCCUCCCAGACCAACACGACACCCAGACCGCUCUCUUCCAAGUCGCUGUGAAGGAGGCUUUGAUGCAGUGGCCAAUAUCAGAGGAGAGGUCUUCUUUUUCAAGGGUCCAUAUUUCUGGCGGAUCCAACGGUCAGGUUCACUGGUUUCUCUUUCCCCUGCUUUGAUUCGGAACUUCUGGAUUGGGCUCCCUCCUGGAACAAAAAAAAUUGAUGCUGUGUAUGAGAGAAAAAGUGACAGCCACAUUAUCUUCUUUAUUGGAAAUCAAUAUUGGGUCUUUAAGGACACAAAAUCUCUCCCUGGAUACCCUCGUCCACUGUCUGAAUGGGGAAUGCGCAUGAGGGAUGGGCAAGAGACACAGAGAGUGGAGGCAGCAUUUGUAUGGGCGCACAACGGGAAGACCUACUUGUUCAGUGGAAAGGAGUUUUGGAGGUUUGAUGAAGGAGAAAGAGAGUCAGAGAGAAAACUGGAGAGGGACUACCCAAAAGAUGCAACCCUCUGGGGCGGGGUACCCCCUGACCCUGAUGACAUCAUCAGCUGGGAAAGCGGUGAUGCUUACUUCUUCAAGGGGAACUCCUAUUGGGUGCUGAAAAGAGGAGGAAUGGAGCAAGACACGGUAAUUCCCAAAUCCGUUGCAAUUGACUGGAUGAGAUGUGCUCCACCGCUGAUUCCCACUGUUUCCCCAGAGAAGCCUCAUCUUGGGGGUGGAGAUUGCAGCUGUGCUAUGAACAGGGCUAUCAGAAUUAAGACCUCCAGUUGGGAGGUCAUACUUUCCAUUACUUUAAUUUUUUUUGUCCUUUCCAAUGAUUAAGUAAUUCUAUGAUUUUGUCCACUUAUAUUGCUUUUUCUUUCUUUUUUCACCACGCCACAUGUACAUGACCAUUAGUGACACCUAUAAAUAGGAAAAAGCAGGAUCCUGUAGCUAUAGAUGAGAGGUUUGUCUACAGAGACUAUCCACAACCCUGUAGAUUAACAGUGACAUCAGUUACAUCAUUAAGCUUAUAUUGCAGACCUACUGCUUUUGCCAUCAUUGGAUUGUGG